AUGACCGAGCGGCCCAUGGGCGAGCGACCUACGGUCGAACGGCCAGAACACAAAAAAAGACCCAUGGCCGAGCGGCCUAUGCGCGAGUGGCCUAUGGGCGAGUGGCCUAUGGGCGAGUGGCCUAUGGGCGAGUCGCCAAUGUGCCAAAAGAAGAAGAGCCAUGGCCGAAAUGUAAGCUAUGUCGUCAAUAUCAAGGCCACCAGCGAAGCAGCUAGAAAGGGUCAGAUUUGCGAGGACGGAAAUCUAUAUAUCAAUCAAGGUGACCAUAUAGUGAUCGGUUCUGACGAAGCAAGUAAACCAUCACGAAUAGGAUACGUGGUCUACAUGUUUGAAGGGGAGGAUGGUGAAAAAAUGGCCCACGUGGGUUUUUACGAACGUGGCACCGACACUAUAAUGGGUGACACUUCAGAUCCGAGAGAAUUGUUUCUUGUACACGGAUGCGUGGAUCUUUAUUUAAGCGCCAUAUCGAGCAAAGCAAAGGUAGUUCGCCGGUAUGUAAACCGUGAACUAUGGAAAAAUAACGGAGGUAAUAAACGGCCGUUCAAAAACGACGACGGCGUGAGUUAUUAUUUUUCGAAAAUAUGCGACUCGGAUAGGAGCAGAUUCCUCGAUAUUGUCGACGACAAAACCACAGAAUGCAUUUCCUGCGCCUGGCAAAAGGAAACGGACAGCAGGGACGCGCCUAAAUUGACGACCGAUAAACGCUGUUUCGAAUGGCAAGGAGUAAUCUACAGUGUGGGAUCUGCGGUGUUUUUCGAAUCCGGAGACUACCGGGAAAAUGAAGACCCAGACAAGUCCGAAAACAAAGAAAAUGAGUAUCGAUUCGAAUCCAUAAAUGGGGAAUGGCUAAACACCUGUAAAUUAGAUCGAGAGGCCAUUUUUCCGGAAAGGUACAGAAAACCGGGCAAAAAAUGCAGCACGGAAUUCAGCGAGCCUUACACAAUCGGAAUCAUCGAAGACAUAAAGGACGGAAGGGUAGUUAACAUCACAAUACGGAUGUUUUACCGGCCCGAAGAUUUGGUUGAUGGAAAAUAUGGCGACCCCCAUUUACUCUACUGGACGAACAGAUUUUACACCAUAAAGGGGUGGAGCCAAUGGAAGGAUGUGGCAAAAGGAAAGUGCUUUGUCGCAAAAAAAACACUCCUUCCAAACUGCGAUGAAUGGAUUAAAGAAGGUCCGUACAGGUUUUAUUUUGAAAAAUUUUAUGAUCACAAGAAAAAUAUAGUGUUAGAGUUGCCCAUUGAGGAUAAGAAACCAGGUGGAGAAUCCAAAGAUACUCAAAAUGAAGAAAUUCUGGUAUGGCCGAAAUUAAAUCGUAAAUUGAGAUCCAUGGAUAUAUACGCCGGCUGUGGAGGGCUCUCCAACGGAUUGGAAAAGUCGGGUUUAGUUGUUACAAAAUGGGCCAUCGAGAAAGACAAAUCAGCAUCGAAAUCUUUCCGAUUGAACAACCCUACCGCCACUGUGAUAAAAGGGGAUUGCAAUAAAAUACUUUCGAAUUUGUUGUUAAAAUUGGACACUGUCGGCAUGCCGGAGAAAGGAGAAGUGGACAUAAUCGUUGGAGGACCUCCGUGUCAAGGAUACUCCAAAAUGAACAGGCAUAAUCAAAAAGCGCCGGCAAAGAAAAACAAUUCGCAGGUUCUUAACUUCCUGGGAUUUGUGGACUAUUACAGGCCUGAUUAUUUUAUCUUCGAAAACGUGGAAAAUUUUGUAAAAUUCGAAGAUAGCCUGCACCUGAAACUGACGAUAAAAUGCGCUUUGAGGAUCGGUUACCAAAUAGCAUUCGGUAUUCUUGACGCCGGAAACUAUGGACUGCCUCAGAAACGGCGAAGAUUUUUCAUUGUUGGUGCAGCGCCAUUCUUAAAACUACCAAAUUUACCGGAACCUACGCACUGCUUUAUUAAUAAAUCGCGUUUGAACUUCAAAGUUGACAACAAAGUGUAUGACACUGGUGAAACUGCAACCGGUGCAAGGGGAUCCCUUCCGUACAGAAAUGUGACAGUAAGGGACGCUAUAGCCGAUCUGCCUGUUUUAGACGACAAUGCGAAAAGCAAAGACAAGAAACACCAAAUACCAAUUGAAGAGGACAAGGCAAAGCGGUAUGAAAUGGAAUACGAUAACCGCCAACCGUUGUCGCAUUACGUUAGAUUACUCAGGCAACACGUUAAAAGAGACGACGUCGUGACUUGUCACCAGUUCACGCCAUUAUCCAGCAUCAUGAGGAAACGAAUUGAACUCAUCCCUGAGAAUGGUAACUGGAUGGAUUUACCGAAUAUAACCGUAACUUUGAAAAAUAACGUCAAGACCGACAUCUUAAACUAUAGUUUCAGGUUAGUGGGAUCGUCCUAG